AACGGAUGUCAAAAAAUAAAUUUGUCAAUAAACCGAACCGAAUGUUUUCAAUUUCAUAAGUCUAAUUUGCUUUUGCGAUUAGAUUUAAAAAAUGAAAUUAUCAACGCCAAGAUACACAUUUUGUUUAAUCAGUCAAUUGACGUUUAUGUUUUGUGAUCUUAUAUUUAAUUGCGUGAGUUUAUUUCCGAAAAGUCGAGAUGGCUUACUAGUUUUAUUUAUAUUUCAGGAUUUAUUUCUUAUACUGUCCAUUACUACAAUGCUUAUGACAUUUUUCACAACAUAUUUAUUUCAAGCUGGCUUAGUAGAAGUUCUAAUACGCAAGUUUCGCGCAGCAGGCUCCGUUAUAAUGGCAUAUGUAGCAGCUAGCAUAAUUCUACACGCAGUUUGGCUUUUGGAAAAAUGGGGUGAUCCGGAGUCCGUCUCCACACCCAUGCUCAUUGUUCUCUUUACUUUACAAAGAUGCUUGUCACCAUGGUAUUACUUUUUCUACAAACGAGCAGCACUACGAGUCAGUGACCCACGUUUUUAUGAAGAUAUAGAUUGGAUAAACCAACAGUUACAAUCUCAUUAAAUGAUGCAUCUUAGAUUAAAUAUAAUUUAGGGCCAAUUUUUGAACUGGACCUGUCCAGUUACCUAUUAUUGAAUAAUAUCUUCCAUUAAAUUUCUAUAGCAAAAUGUCAAACUAAUGCAUUUUAAUAGUUAACUGGCAUUUAGAAAAAUGUAGGUAAAAUUGUAAGUUAUGUUGAAUGAAGACAUUGUAAACUGACAAAAAUCAUUACAUUAAGUAUGGACUGAAUAAUUGUGACCAAAGAAGAAAUAUCAAAAAGAUUGAACUUGCUUAAAACAAGUCUAGUCUAGUCAAUAACUAAAUUUAAUUUUAUCAAAUCUCUCUAGUCAUGUAAAAUAAGUCUGCCUAAAACUUCACCCUGGAAUCAUGCAAUUCCUUUAAAAUAUAUUGUCUUUAAAUACAUCUGUAUAAAGUAUAGUAACAUAUUAAUGUCCAAAUUUCUAAGUAUACUAUAUUAAGAUACUUAAUGUUAAUAUGUGAAAGGCAUUCAAAUAAAUUUGUAUAAUUGAUAAAGGAACCCCCAUGACAUGAAAUAAAAUAACUGAAAGUAUGCAUGUAAGUCUUACAAUAUCUUGUGAUAAGAUUUUUUUUUAUGGUUGCUCCUAACUUGCAUGUUCAAGUAAACCUCAAUAGUUAAAAUAACAUCAACU